UGCGCGGCUCUUGGUGCGCAUGCGCACUGCUCCUUUCCGGCCUCCGUAGCCAAGAGCGGGCAGCGGUACCGUGAGGAGCCCGGGCGGGUCGGGGUGGGCCGCGCUGCCGCUAUGGUGUUCUACUUCACCUCCAGCGUUGUUCCAACUGUUUACACCAUUUACAUGGGAAAAGACAAGUAUGAAAAUGAAGAUCUAAUAAAGUAUGGUUGGCCUGAAGAUAUCUGGUUUCAUGUGGAUAAGCUCUCUUCUGCACAUGUGUAUCUUCGGUUGCACAAGGGGCAGACAGUGGAUGACAUUCCUAAAGAAGUUCUGAUAGACUGUGCCCACCUGGUGAAGGCUAACAGCAUCCAAGGUUGCAAGAUGAACAACGUCAACGUGGUGUACACGCCAUGGACCAACCUGAAGAAGACUGCAGACAUGGAUGUGGGGCAGAUUGGGUUUCAUAGGCAGAAGGAUGUGAAAAUGCUGACGGUGGAGAAGAAGGUGAAUGAGAUACUGAACCGAUUAGAGAAGACAAAAGUGGAACGUUUCCCAGACCUGGCUGCUGAAAAGGAGGCCCGUGACAGAGAGGAGAGGAAUGAGAAGAAAGCCCAAAUCCAGGAGAUGAAGCGGAAGGAAAAGGAAGAGAUGAAGAAAAAGAAAGAGCUGGAAGAACUUAGGAGCUACUCAUCGUUAAUGAAGGCUGAGAAUAUGUCCUCCAAUCAGGAUGGCAACGAUUCUGAUGACUUUAUGUAAAUAAAGUCAUCUCCUUUCUCAAUCCAAGGUGGUUUGGGAUGUCUUAAUGUCACCGUUGCUAAGAAUGCCAAAAAAUCAAACCAAAUAAGUGAACUCUGGCUCCAUUUCUUCAGAAGCUGGUAGAUUCUCGUGGUGUCCUGACCAACCCUGAGCCAUGGACAACUUCUGGAUGGAGAAGAUCUCUAUGUCUGCACAUACAUCUCUUUUUUUCAGGGACGUAGGUGUAAGGAAGCAAAAUUGAAUUUCAGCUCUACAAAGACAAUGCUAUUUAUUCUAGAAAAGGAGUUGCUGUAGCUUUUAAUUGAAUGAGAUUGAAAGAAUUUGUGCUGUC